AUGCGCAACAGCAUGCCUGCGGACGAAGCGUCAGAGCUGUCCUUUCAGUUUGCUGGCUUCGAGCAAGCCAAGGAGGGCCACAUCGUGCGGCACCGCUACAGCGACUUUGCCGCCUUUGCUCAAGAGAUGAGUGCGCUGAGUGGCAUGACGCUGCCGCUUCCUCCAAAGAAGAUGUUCGGCAACACGGACAAGGCGUUCCUCCAGAAGCGCAUGCAAGGCCUCAAACACAUGCUUGAUCUGAUUGCGGCACACCCAAUUCUGCGACUGACACUGCCGUUUAAGCGGUUCCUCGAUCCAGCGACAUAUGGACGGGACUUCCGCAACAGCGCCGAGCGCGGCCUCUUCAUGUUCCUCAGGUCCGAGGCGUCGUGGCGGGUGCUGGAGCAGCUGUACGGUAUUGGGUGGCGCGUCACCAAGAUGCACGCAACCGUCCUCAACCAGGGAUACACCUCCCAGGACCAGAGUGCACCCCAGCUCCUCACAUGGGUGCCCAUCCCAGCCACGUCCUUUGUGCCCACAGAACUCCUCAACAGCGUCCUCAAAUACAUUGCCGGCAUCUCACACCCAUUUAUCGCUGGAGCGUCUCUGGGAUGUGUGCACGGCGCUGAGGAGCCCGGUGCCAUCCUCGUCCGCGCCCUCGCCCCAAAGGGAUCACUUCGCGACCUCAUUGCACGAAACAAAAACCCAAAGCUGCCGUUUGCGCGCAAGUACGUCGGCAAGAAGCCAAAAGGUCUCGAUGUGCGCACCGUUCGGCUCUUUGGCAGACAAAUCCUCGAGGCGCUCAAGUUCCUGCACGACCGCGGGCUGCCGUAUGGGCAUCUGCAUGCAGGCAACGUCCUCGUCAUCUCGGAUCGAUUCUGCCAAAUCACAGACGUCGAAAACGGCGUGCUCGGCCUGCCAUCGUUGUACAGCGGCCACAUUACGGAGCUGAAGAAGAUCUCAACGCUUGAGCUGUGUGACGUCUACUGCUUCGGUCAACUCCUCUACGAGGUCACCGCAUCUGUGUGUGUCUUCGGCUGUGUGGAUGUGAACAUGGCGAAGGCGCAGCAGCAGGUGGGCUUGAUCAUGGCACGCGUCAUGAUGCAAUAUCGACACGUGAACAUGGGACAGCUGCAUUGCAGCGUGCACGCGUACUGA